CGGUCAUAACUUUCUAUCCACAACAAGGACACAACAUCACUAAGACCGAAAGAUAGCUGGACAGUCGCUAGAAAACAACUACGUGUAGUAAAAAUACUACACCUAUACACUCCACCAUCACUGUAAGUAGUGAGGGUCAUUGGGGCACCAGCUGGUAAGAAAAGACCACGCCCAUGUGACUGUUUAAGAUACUUGAGGACUCGAACGACAUGGUGUGCAUGAGCCUGAUUAGGAGCAUGCACGGCUUGACUGAGAAUGUUUACAGCAUCUUAGAUAUCCGGACAUGUGACGGUCAGAUAAAGAAGUCGAACCACUGGUCAACUGUACCUGGAGGGUUUUGGUGCCGGAUCCGAGGGUAGACACCCAAGCUGAUGACCUUGGUCGUUUGGAGUAGCACACGACCGAGUAGACUCCAAACCACAGUCAGCCAAUAUAUUAAAGACAUUCUUGCGUUGGUUCUGCACAAUACCCUGUUGAGAACGAGUCGCCUCAAUGCCAAGUAAGUAUUUUAAGGACCCUAAAUCCUUGCUAGUGAACUGAGCAUGUAAAUAAUCCUCGACAUCUUGGAUGAACUGAGCAUCAUUCUCAACAAGGAUCACGUCAUCAACGUAAAUCAAAGCAGCAACAAAACUAGUGCCCUUGUGAUGGAUGAACAGUGAUUGGUCCGCACGGCUUUGUUUGAACUAAAAAUUAAGCAAUGCACUAGUAAACUUAUGGUACCAAUUCAUCGAAGCUUGACAUAGUCAAUAGAUAGACUUAUGAAGACGUCAAAAACGAGAAUCUCUGGAUGCCAAAAAACCUUGUGGAACCUGAAUGUAGACUUUUUCGUGAAGAUCGCCAUGCAAAAACGUAUUAUUAACGUCAAGUUGAUGAAGAAACCAAUUUUGACUGACAACAAAGGAAAUCAAAUAGCAAACCGUCACUAAUUUAGUGACAGGUACAUAUGUAUCAUGAUAAUCUAUGCCCUCAAUCUGUGUGAAACCCUUGACUAAGAGACGAGCCUUAUAAAGCUCCACCGACCCAUUAGGCUUGAACUUGACCUUGAAACCCCACUUCGACGCAACAAUACGAUUGCCUGGAGGCAACAUAGCUAGUGACCAAGUAAGCCUUGUGUUCCAAUAAGAGAUGAUCAUAUGUGACCUAAUUGUUCAUCGGGUACAGAACCAUGUUGUCAGUGGGGUGACAAUUAGGAAGCUCGCAAUCAUAAUUCGCUAGACGUAUCAGUCGAUGACUUUGACGUUGACUACGUCGAAUGGCCUCCGCUACAGCCGCUGCUGGAGGUGAAGUGGGAGGACUAUCUAAGUGCAACGUGCGUAAUUUCAUUUUAAGCCAAUUGACAUAAGUACGUAAUUAGUUAUUAAGUACUUGAAACUUAACUUGAAUUAAUUAGAUAGAAAGUUAUAACUAGUUUAUUAUAGUAACAAAACUCGGUUGGUUUUCAUCAGGGUUAGCACUAAUUCUUGAAAUUCUGCCUUACCGGUAUAAAACAAUAAAUUGUAGAUCAAUAGAAAUUCAAUGUCAAUUGCACAACAUUUUCCUUUUGGUUCCUGCAAUAGAGGACGUAUGAAGGAAGCCAGUAAGUUGCACCUUUGGACGGCGGAACUGAUGUGAAUAGCCUCUAUAAAAGGGAGGCGUAAAACGAACAUAUAUAGUUCAUAUCAUCGCAUUCUACAAAGCGAAAGCCAAAGAAAAGCGAGAAAAUAGUACGAAGAAAAGAGAGAAGCAACAAACACGUAACGAUAUGGGUAGCCAGCAGAAAGUGAUAGUGUCGAUGGCAAAUGCUGUGUUGGUAGUUGUAGCGUGUUUGAGCGUCGGAAUUGGGAGCGCUAGAGCUCAUUCUUGCUGCGGCGGUGAGGUUAGUGAUGUUUUGGGGUGGCAGAGUUACGUCAACAACAUUCUGACGAUUCUGGCUCGAGAGACGCCCACCCAGGCUCCGGGUUCUCCAUACACCACUAGGUAUGCGGGUCGGAUUAAAGGCGAUGCUUUUUGUCCUUCCUCAGACGGAGGGCAGGCAUGCAUAGACUGUAUGAACCGUCUUCUGAUCAAGCUCCAAGCUGCUUGUCCCAAUUCCGCAAGUGGAAAGGCCGAUGACGGAUCUACAUCGUCCUGCACCAUGUCUUUCGAUAAAAUCUAAUCCCCGCCCGUAUCCUAAAGUUACGUUGCCGAGUCAUCCAAGCUGCGUGGCCUCUAUGAAUUUUACUUUGCCUUUCUUAUGAUUCCUGCGUGUCCUUUAUGUGUCAGUUAAACUAAACUGUCGUAUCGAUCGUCAGCGUUACGAACUGGUUGAUCGGUGCCCAGAAUAAAGCAUAUGAAUCAUAUGAGAAACUACUAUUAUUAAUACAUAUGAUGAUAUAUUUCCUUCUAUGUAAUCAGAUUAUGGGUUCCGUAUAAAAACAUGUGACUUUUGCCUUCAUCUAUUCCCCACGAGAAAGAAAAAUCAGCUUGUGGUUUGAUUUGUCAAUACAAGGAGAUCGAGGGUGAUCAUCGAUCGUGCAAAAGGGAACCAGGAUGGCACUACUUAAUUAGCGGAAGAUCAAUUCACAAAUAAUGUUGAUUUUCUCGGGAGAUCUCACAUAAACUCCUACACCAGUUUUUUCGGGCCUAAUCAACUUGAAAUUCCUUA